AUGAUCUUUGAACCCGAUCCCGAUUUCGAAGACGCGAUCGCUAUGGCUGAAGUCGAAGAAGAGGAACAACAAAGACCCAGGGCGAGUCGAACGGUGGUGGCCAGUGGAUCAUCGACUUGGUCAUGGAACGAGACGCGCGUCGACGCGUCCGACGGGAACGAGCUCGAUCGAGUACGCUCGGAGGACGCUACGAAGGGAAAUGGGAUUGGGAUUGGGAUUGGGCAGCAGUGUUUACAGAUGGGAGUGGGCGCACGUUCGAGUUGGGGAAAGGGGAAGGCGACUGUGUUUGAAGAGGAGGACGGCUUUGGUGCGAUGGAUGAGGAUGAGGUCGAGGCGGUCGGGGAGUUCGGAUUGGGUCGAGCAGCCGGUCAGUGCCGUGCAGCGACUGCAGCGACUUGGUUGUACGUUGUACGCUUGAGGGGAAGCCAAGCUGAUCCCGCUAUCUUUUCAUUCGACAGCAGCUUACCCAUCCAGCACCUCAUCUCCGCCCGCCGUCUCAGCCCUUCCUAUCGCCUCACGCACCACCUCAUCAACCCACGACUACACGACCCCCUUCUCCGAUCUGACCAACCUCAACCUCUCCCUCUCAAAACCCGGCUACCUCGAGACCGUGCCUGUUUCAGCAACGACGUUGGACGGCAAGACGGUCAGGUUCGGGAGGAGGAAAAAGUUGGAGAUGUAUCAGUAUACGACGCAGGCCAAGGUUCGUUUCCACCGCAGAUGAGCAGCAAAUUUUCGGAUCAUUUUCGAGGCGGUCGGGGAGAGCGUGCUGACAGACCGAGCGGGAAAUGUUGGUGUUCGUUCAACAGAAGGAAGAUGCCGAAGCGCUGGAGAGAUUGGCACAUUCGAUGCUCGAAACGCCGUACCAUCGUAUGGUCGAACAAAUUCAGCAGGAGCAUAUCUUGGCGCGCAAGCAAUUCGAGGCUGAUGCGUGCGUUGCUUCUCGGUCGAGGCGGGAUGGAGUUGAAGAUGCUGAUGUGUGUUGGUCCGUUGCUCGUGGUUGGUAUAGUACGAAUGCGCAUCUGGUCAAGGACGACGUUGGGAUGAAUUCACCCGAGACGACACUUUGGACCGAUCGGUAUAAACCCAAGAGGUUCACCGAUCUGUUGGGCGAUGAGGCGAGUCCCUCAAGACCACGCGUGCUUUUGGACAUGCACUCACUUUAGCAUGAGCUCGACCUUUUCCCAACAGCGCAUCCACCGUUCGGCCCUCCUAUGGCUCAAAGAAUGGGACCAAUGCGUAUUCAAGAACCACCAGGGCAAAAACAACGCUGCUGCCGAGCUGAGGAGGGAGAGGAGGAAGAAGAGGGCUAGGGAAGGAGGUUUUGGAGGGGCAGGGGCAGGAAAGGAUGGGGGUGUGGGGGAGGGUGGGAUGGUGUAUUCGGACCCUUAUGGGAGACCGCAGGAGAAGGUGAGUGGUGUUUGCCUGACGUUAGGGAGAGGUUGAGAGGGUUUUCUGAUCCGCGCCCCCCCCCCCCCCCCCUUUUUUUUGUCACUAGGUCAUGCUCCUAUGCGGACCACCCGGAUUGGGAAAAACGACCCUGGCCUACGUCCUGGCCCAACAAGCGGGUUACCAAGUCCUCGAAGUCAACGCCUCGGACGAUCGAACGGGUAAAGUGGUCGAGGAUCGCAUUCGGAACGCAUUGGAGAGUACGGCAUUGACGAUGGAUGGAAGGUUGAAGGGGAAUAAACCGACUUGUGUAAUUAUCGAUGAGGUGGAUGGGGCGGGAGGUGGGGGCGAGUCGGUGAGUGUUCGGUGAAGUGGGGGCAGUCCAACGCCGUUACGAAUGAGUGCUGAAUCUUGGUGUUUUGCGUCGGCAUAGAGCUUCGUCAGGACUUUGGUCAAGUUGGUCAAUGAGGGGAGCUCGAACAGGAAAUACCGAGGAAAGGGUAAAAAGGAUCGGCCGCUGCUGCGACCCAUCAUUUGCAUCUGCAAUGACCUGUGCGUAUCUCAACCAAACCUUCUGAAACUCGUAGGCACUGAUUAUGCAGUUGUACUCGCUCAGCUACGCACCAACUCUACGUCCUCUUCGACCAAUGGCCAAGAUCGUGCGUUUCUCGGCACCGACGAACACGAUGCUAGUCAAGCGCUUGAGGACGAUCUGCGACGAGGAAGGUCUCGGCGCCGAUUCGAAGAACUUGACCAUGUUGGCCGAGGUCGCAGAGGGGGAUCUGAGGAGUUGUCUCAAUACUUUACAGGUAGGUGGCAUGGGAACUCGACACGUCGGUGUGCUCUUCGCGAGAUAGGAUGGCUGAAGUCGAGAGGUCUUUUGUAUCCACAGUUCAUCAAACGGCGAAGUACGCACGUCGAUGAGGAAGCGAUCCGAUCGACGAUCGUAGGCCUCAAAGACACGGGUACUUCGGCGACCCAAGUCAUCAACCGGCUGUUUAAGAAACCUCCUCGCAAAAAGGGUGGGGGCAAUUCCGAUGAUCGGUUCGUCAACCGUAUCACACGCGACGUCCAAACCUGUGGUGAAUACGAAAAGAUCUCGCAAGGAUGUUUCGAGAAUUAUCUCAGCGCGAAACAAUUGACCGACACCUGGCCGAGGAUCAACGAGGCGCUGGAUUGGCUCUUCUUGUAUGAUCGUUUGGAUGGGAGGCUGAGGUCUGAUCGGGAUUACGAGUUGUUGGGUUACGUGCCGUAUGCAUUUGCGCCGUGGUACAAGUUGUUUAGUAGUCAUUCGACGAUCCCGCUCGAGUUCCCCAAAGCCGAUUACGAGGUACGUUUUUCCGUUUUACCGUUCGCUGCGCAUCAUCGCUGAUAAUUCUGGGAACCGACUCUUUCUUUCGCAGGCCUACCUCAAACGCAUCGCGCACCAAGAGAUUGUGCAAACCUUCUCCUCGCAACUGCCCCAAGGCCUCAAAUCGCUCUUCACAGGCCCCAACGUAUCCGCCGAACUACUCCCUCUCCUCAAUCGCAUCCUCUCCCCCCAAUUGAAACCCAUCAAUAGCCAAUUGAUCAAGGCCGAGGAUAGGAUCGUGUUGAUCAACUUGGUCAAUACGAUGUUGGCUUUAGGUUUGGCGUUCGUGCAGGAUAAGAAUGAGGAGGGGCAGUUGAUGUACAAGUUGGAACCGUGAGUUCGGAUGAGCUCGCUUUGGUCCGGCUUUGGUCAUUGCGAUAGGCUGACCGCUCUCGGCGCCACGAGCAGACCCAUCGACGUCUUUGUUCAUUUUGAAGGGAAGCGAGCGACCGAUAUCGCGGCGUCGAGGUAUGCCGUUCGACAUCUCGUCACGAGAGAGAUGGAAGCCGAGGUCAUUCGGAGGAGCGAGAGGCACGGUGCCGCCGCGGCGACCAAGACGACGGCUGGAGAUAUCCUGGCGGCUUACAACGUGUGAGUGCUUUGCACAAGUCGCAUAGGAUUGUUUCGGGGGCUGAAACGUUCAUCUCUCUGGGGCGCGACUUCAGAAAACCAAAUGCUGCGAACGGUGCCGCUUCGGGCGUGAAGGAAGCCGUCGAUUUCUUCGGUCGGGCCAUCGUGGCCAAACCCGUCGCCGCUUCGGAAGGUCCGCAGGGUAAAAUUCCUUCCUUUCCCACACUCUGCCCCCCCAUAUUCGAUCACUAACACACUUCACGUGCCUUCAUAUUAACCAGUCAACUUUGUCGUCCAACCACGAGCGAUCAAGGCCGUCUACCGUUUCCAUGAAGGGUUCUCCAAUGCCGUCAGGACGACGAAACGCGUCGCCGACUUUUUGGUCUGA